AUGCGCGGCUCCAUGCUCACACCACUUCGACCGCUCGGUCUGCUGCUCUCUCUGCUGGCGCUGGUGGCGCUUCUUGCACAGCCGUCUAGCGCCAUCCCGGCCGUGACGCGCCGAGGCAAGUAUCUGUACGAGGGCAACAACCGUUUCUAUAUCAAGGGCGUCGCCUACCAAGAGCCCGCGCCCAUCGCAGCCUCCACGCAGGCCAACGAGGACAACGGCGGCUUCCCCGAGCCAGACAGCUUCACCGACCCUCUCGCGCUGCCGGACGCUUGCUCGCGCGACGUGGCCAACUUCCGCGACCUCGGCAUCAACACCAUCCGCGUCUACUCGGUCAACUCGAGCCUCAACCACGACGCAUGCAUGUCCACCUUUAGCAACGCCGGCAUCUACGUCAUCCUCGACCUCGCCCUGCCCCUCAACGGCUCCAUCAACCGCGCACAGCCCAGCUGGGACGUCGGCCUCCUCGACCUCUACGCAAAGACCAUCGACGUCUUUACCGGCUACGACAACGUGCUCGCCUUCAACAUAGCCAACGAGGUCGUCACUCAGGCUUCCAACUCGGUCGCCGCGCCCUUCAUCAAGGCCGCCGUGCGCGACGUCAAGGCGUACCUGCGCUCCAAAAACUCCAACGUCCUCGUCUCCUACUCCUCCACCGACGGGCCCUCGGGCAGGACGCAGUGGAGGGACAUGCUCGCCUACUACCUCACCUGCGGCAGCGCCGCCACUAGCGUAGACCUCUACGGCCUCAACUCGUACUCGUGGUGCGGCAACUCCUCCUACGCCGCCUCGGGCUACAACACGCUCACAAACGACUUUGACUCGCUCCCCGUCCCUGCCUACCUCGCCGAGUUCGGCUGCGUCGAGGGCGUCGGCACCAACAACCGCCCUUGGACCGAAGUCUCGGCGCUCUACUCGACGCCCAUGACCAACCAGUUCAGCGGCGGCGUCGCCUUCUCCUACUUUCCGCAGCCCUCCGGCCUGGACUACGGUCUGGUGAGCGUCUCGGGCGACACGGUCACCCGGCGUUCCGAUUGGAACGAUCUCAAGAGGCAGUUUGCCAACGCCAGCUCGCCCGCGGCUCCCGCCAACGCCUCGGCGUCGCCCGACUUCCCGCAGUGCAUGGGUGGCACCAACAACUUCCCCGCAUCCACUCGGCUGCCGCCCACGCCCAACCCGCAGCUGUGCAACUGCGUCGAGUCUAAUGCCUUGAGCUGUGUGCUCAACCCGGCGUCGCGCGACUCGCCCAACAUCAUCGGCACACUCACCGGCCAGGCAUGCACGUACCUCUCGGAACGGGGCGGCUCGUGCGACCCCAUCCUGGCGGACGGUGAGGCGGGCACCUACGGCAAUUACUCGUCGUGCACCUCGGCGCAGAGGCUCGAGUGGGCCAUGUCGCAGUUCUACGAGAUCACUGGCUUCAACGCCCAGUCGUGCGACUUUGCCGGCAAUGCGUCGAGCAAAACGCCACCCGACGCCUCGUCCGCCGCCAUCGAUGCAGCCUUCUCCAGCUGUCUCUCGCAGAGCCCCGUCGGCGUGUUUACACCACAGCCCGAUGUCUCGGCAACAGCCAACGGAACCGGCACCGGCACGGGCUCACCGGCCUCGUCGGGUACCGCAACAUCCAGGCCCUCGCAGGGUAACUCGGCUGCAGCCACGGUGGCACCGGGCGUGGUGGGUGCGCUGGUGGCUGUCUCGCUCUCGGCCGCUCUCGGCGCUUGGUCCCUCGCAUGA